GUGGAAUCUCCAGCUCCCGUGUUUCUCCCUGGCUCCCUCCUCUCUUUGUCAUCCUCCCUAGCAGCCUAGCAGACUGCUGCCACUGCUCCUGCUGUCUGGGCAGCUUUCCUCCUGCCUCCACCCCUUCGGUGGUUACUGCCUGGCUCGGGCCAGCCAGGGAGCCCACAGAGAAAGGAGCCAGGAGGAUCUGCCCCUCCUGUCCCAAUGGCCUCCCCCAGGACGGUCACCAUCGUGGCCCUCUCUGUGGCCCUGGGGCUCUUCUUUGUCUUCAUGGGGACCAUCAAGUUGACCCCCAGGCUCAGCAAGGAUGCCUACAGCGAGAUGAAACGUGCCUACAAGAGUUAUGUCCGGGCCCUGCCACUGCUGAAGAAAAUGGGUGUGACUUCCAUUGCUCUUCGAAAAAGCAUCGGGACCCUCGAAGUGAUCUGUGGGAUCAUCAUGACCGUGGUCCCCGGCCGGCCCAAAGAUGUUGCCAAUUUCUUCUUGCUCUUACUGGUCUUGGUUGUCCUCUUCUUCCACCAACUGGUUGGUGACCCCCUCAAGCGCUAUGCCCAUGCCCUGGUCUUUGGGAUCUUGCUCACCUGCCGCCUGCUGAUUGCCCGCCAGCCUGAGGAACAGUUUACUGAGAGGAAGGCCUUCUCCCAGGGUGGUGAGGGGCAGGCCGCUCCCCACAAGAAGGUCAAGGUCAAAGUGUCAUAAGGAAGCAGCCUUACAUGGUGGACCUUCCAGGCAGCUUCCUCUGAGUAGCCCAGGAAGAUCUCAGUGCAUUCUGUUCCUUUUUAUUUCUUAACUGAUUGCUUUUCUGGGAAAGGGGGACCUAAUAUGCCACAUAACGGUCCUGAUGUUUGUGUUCCCCUAUGCCCUAAAAUUAGCUCCUGACCCAGCCAUAGACCUACCUUUUAUCACUCCUACAUCUGGCUGCAUGUACAUGCGUGUAAGAUCACUUCUCAGGUGUUUGUGUGUGUACAGAUGUGAGUGCAGGAGGAGGCGGCUUUGGUCUCAGAGAAUCCUCACUUUAUGUACAUUCUAGGUGGAGACAGAUGGAGAUGGCUGACCGUGUACAGCUUGGAGGCCCAUGCAGCAAUUGCUCAAUUUGGCUGACUCUGGGUUCUUUCUUCUGCCACCUGUUCCCUAGCUCCCUGGCUGACUUCUGUAGCUGGAAAUCCCCUGAUAUUACAAUUGGACCUCAGAGGGUUUGAUCCUUCCCUUUGGGUGCUAAUACCACUUUUUCCCAGCAGGUGUUUCUAACUAAUCUUGCCCCAUACAUCAUUCCGUAAAUCUGGGGUGUCAGAUGAUGCAGAAUUAACCAACCUCCUCCCUCAUCCAUUGUGUAAACUGGAAAGCCCAGAUGCUGAGUUAAUUUAGAUCAAGAGGUACCUGCAAUCAACGGAAAGUUGAAUCCUGUUGUAAUGGAGAAAUUAGAGUUUCCUAAAUUUAGAGCUGGGAGGAAUGUUAGUGAUCCCUUAUGGGCCAGAUGAGGAAAGCACGAGGAGAAUCAAAUGACUUGCCCAAGGUUCCGCAGCUAGUAGGUUCUUUGGAUACAAGUUCCAUUCCUGUCGCUGUACCCCUCUGCCCCAGCUCGAGCCCCCCAGGCCUGAAUGGCCACAGAGUCGCCAACCUGAGCAGCCAACUUUUCUGCAGACACCGGGGUCUGCCUCUGCUAAUCUCAAGCCUGCUCAGCCACCAAUCAGGAUUCCGCUUCUGCUCUGCCUGGCCCUUCUUGCUGAGGGAGCAGGACGGGGGCCUGUUCAGUGUCUACGCACCUCCCCGACUCAUCCCCAAAGCGCCCAAGCGAAGCUAUAACUUCUCGCCGAACAGAAGCUCCCUCCUUACUGACUUUGCACUGAGGUUGAACUGGGUCCAGGUUUGCUACUAGGAGCAGUGCCCUGACCCAUCCCUACAUCUGUAUCUCUCUUCAUUAGAGGGGGACUGUGUGAAAAGAUGAGACUCAAGCUGAGCAGGCUGUGGAAUGGCUGCCUUGGAUAGAAACUGCUGGUUUGCUGGCUGUCGGUCAACCAGUUCUGGGGGUUGUUGUGCCAGGGAAGGGGAAGAAUGGGAUUGUCAUUUUGGAAAAAAAGUGUCACCAUUCUUGGUAAAUGGCUUCCUCCCCUCUCCCUUUUUUGUCUCAUUCUUUCCAAAUAAACUUUUAGAAAUUUGAA